GGAAGGGAGGGAAAGGAAGGAGGGGGGGAAGCUUUAAGAAGGAAAAACAAUCAUAGUAUUAUCUUAUUUUUUCAAAGAAAGGCUUUGAAAGGGAGUUUGGAAGGGGGGAAUUAAAGGGAAAAAAAAGUUUAAAAGUUGGAAAGGAGGAAAAAAAAACUUUAUAAAGAAAAAUUUGAAGAGAGCGAUUUUUUUUUUUAUUAUUUGAAGAUUGUAAAAAAGAGAGAUUGAGGGAGCAGGGGGGAAAAAAAAACACCUCAUAACUGCGAAGGGCUCGAUCGGGCGCCGGAGAACAAUACUCGCCGCGAAAGUUGCUGCGCGGCCCGUGAGGGAGCGGCGGGAGGAAAAUGCCGCAGCUGGGCAGCGGCGGCGGGGACGACCUGGGGGCCACGGACGAGAUGCUGGCCUUCAAGGACGAGGGCGAGCAGGAGGAGAAGAUCCCCGAGAACGCCUUCACGGAGCGCGACUUGGCCGACCUCAAGUCCUCGCUGGUGAACGAGUCCGAGGGGACCGGCAGCCCGGCCGCCGCCGCAGCCGCCGACCCUGAGGCCGUCAGGAGGGUGCAGGAUCCGCAGAGGGCUUACCAGGAGAAGCUGCCUGACCACAUGGAUGAUGGUAUGAAACAUCAGGACCCAGGGAUGUAUAAAGGAUCUGCGUAUUCUGGCUACCCCUUCCUCAUGCUCUCAGAUCCGUAUCUGCCGAAUGGAUCCAUGUCACCGCUGUCCAACAAGGUUCCUGUUGUGCAGCCAUCGCACGGCGUCCACCCGCUCACCCCGCUCAUCCCUUACAGCAACGACCAUUUCAGCCACGGCUCCCACUCGCCCCACUUGCCCGCUGACAUCAACCAGAAGCAAGGAGUGCACCGUCCAUCCCAGACCUCAGACAUCCCCGGAUUCUACCCCCUCCCUCCCGGUGGAGUCGGGCAGAUCACGCCGUCGAUGGGAUGGCAGAGCCAGUCUGUCUAUCCGCUCCCGUCAUGUGGAUUUAGGCAGCCGUAUUCGUCAGCGCUUUCUGCUGGGGCUUCUUUCUCCAGGUUCACUCACCCGCUGAUGCUGGGCUCUGGCAUGCACACCACCGGCAUCCCGCACCCCGCCAUCGUGCCCCACUCCGGCAAGCAAGAGAUGGAGCACUAUGACCGGAACAUGAAACCUCAACCAGAACCAAAGAGAGAGAAGGAAGCCAAGAAGCCCACUAUCAAGAAGCCCCUGAAUGCUUUCAUGUUGUAUAUGAAAGAAAUGCGGGCGAAAGUCAUUGCCGAGUGCACCCUGAAAGAGAGCGCCGCCAUCAACCAGAUCCUGGGGCGGAGGUGGCACGCGCUGUCCCGGGAGGAGCAGGCCAAGUACUAUGAACUGGCUCGCAAGGAACGGCAGCUCCACAUGCAGCUCUACCCCGGCUGGUCUGCCAGGGACAACUACGGGAAAAAGAAGAGACGAACACGGGAAAAGCAGCAAGAUUCCAACUCAGAUCCUGCCUCUCCUAAGAAAUGCAGAGCUCGCUUUGGCCUCAACCAACAAACGGACUGGUGCGGCCCGUGCAGGAGGAAAAAGAAGUGCAUUCGGUACCUACAAGGAGAAGGACGCUGUGCCAGCCCAGUUUCUUCCGAUGGAAGUGCUAUAGACUCCCCUCCCUCUCCUCUGGACGCACUCCAAUGCAUCUCCUCUGCUUUCCCUUCAGACAAGCUCGCAGCCCCCGCUGACUCCGCACACAGAGAUCACCCCGAUCCCUUCCCCGGCUCCGCUCACCUCCAGCCCCCCUCCGGCUCCUCCAGACGGACGCCCACAGAGUCCCCUCCACGCUGCGUGGCCUCCACGGGGACAUAGUCCUGCGCCCCCCGCCGGGGCACCGGGUACCUCCUUUCAGUGCCCACUGCCAAGGACCAGAGGCCACAUUCCCCAUCGCACUGUAGAACGUGCAGGGUUAGGACAUGGGAUGCCUUGAGGAUGCUGGAAAACUCCUUUAGUUUUUAUUUCUUUUGGGGGGUGGGAGAGGUGUUAAAAGAUAGAAAAGUGAUCUCCAAAACAAAAGGUAAUGAGAACUUGCCAAAAUUUAAAGUGCUGAUGAGUAAACAAGCCUUUGUCCCUGC